ACAAAAUGGGAGAAGUGGAAGAAAUUGAAGCAGAAAACAGCCAUGAAAUGGCUGGGGAAGCCUAUCCUAUCCCUGUUCUCACUCCAUACAGUAUGGGAAAGUUUAAUCUUUCUCAUAGAGUGGUUUUGGCACCUUUGACUAGACAGAGGUCAUACAACAAUGUUCCUCAACCUCACGCUAUUCUGUAUUACUCUCAAAGAACUACUAAAGGAGGAUUACUAAUAACUGAAGCCACAGGCGUUUCUGACACUUCUCUUGGGUUCUACCCAGAUACACCCGGUAUUUGGACAGAAGAACAGAUUGAAGCCUGGAAGCCCAUAGUUGAUGCUGUCCAUGAAAAGGGGGGUAUCUUCUUUUGUCAGCUUUGGCAUGUGGGAAGGGUGUCUACUUUUGAUUUCCAGCCAAAUGGACAAGCUCCAGUUUCAUCCACAGACAAAUCAUUGAAGCCCCAACAUCGCACCACCGGCAAUGAAAUUGAACAGUUCACACCUCCAAGACGGUUGGAGACAGAUGAAAUCCCUCAAAUUGUCAAUGAUUUUAGGGUUGCUGCAAGAAAUGCUAUGAGAGCAGGUUUUGAUGGAAUUGAGAUCCAUGGGGCUCUAGGGUACCUCCUCGAGCAGUUCAUGAAAGAUGAAGUCAAUGAUCGAACAGACAAAUAUGGUGGGAGCUUGGAAAACCGUUGUCGCUUCCCUCUUGAAAUAGUUGAAGCAAUCAGUAAUGAGAUUGGAGCUGAUAAAGUUGGAAUUAAGCUCUCGCCUUUCUCUGAUUUUAUGGAGUCAGGAGACUCAAACCCGGAAGCUCUUGGCCUUUACAUGGCUGAAUCCCUUAAUAAGUAUGGGAUACUCUACUGCCACAUGGUUGAGCCAAGGAUAAGAAAAGACGUACAGAAGCCUAAAUGGAGUCUUCUACCCAUGAGGAAGGCUUUCAAUGGUACUUUCAUCAUCGCUGGGGGCUAUGGUAGGGAAGAAGGCAAUGAAGCCAUUUCCAAAAAACAUGCAGAUCUUGUCGCUUAUGGCCGAUGGUUUUUGGCUAAUCCGGAUUUGCCUAAGAGAUUUGAGCUUGAUGCUCCCCUUAACAAGUAUGAUAGAGAGACCUUUUACAUAUCUGAUCCUGUUCUUGGAUAUACUGACUAUCCAUUUCUCUAGUCUGCAACUUAAAUUUCGUUUAUGUCAAUGGAGGAACCGCUAUCUUCAAAAUCAAAGCUCUGACUUCCCCUGUUUAGAUUUAAAAUAU